UACUGUAUGUUUACAGCAGUGUAACUCGCAGCUCACGAGCGACUCUAUGCGCAUGUCAUAUGCAGCUGGAUGCAUUUGCAGAUAGUUUAUUAAGGAACCCAAUCUUUAACCAAUCUUCAUUUGCACGACCGUCUAAAUCUUUUUUGCUCUGGGUAUGGUGGUAGGGCAUGGUUUUCGCUGUUUGAGCCAGCUUGCGGAGCUGCCAGAGUUGCACCAGAUGAUGAGGCAGACAUGUAGGGACUAUGCUCAAAAAGAACUUGCGCCAAUCGCUGCUCAGCUGGACAAAGAUCACAAGUUCCCAGCCAAGCAGGUAAAAGAGCUGGGAGCGAUGGGUGUCAUGGCUGUAGAGGUACCAGAGAGUCUGGGUGGAGCUGGGAUGGAUUAUCUGGCAUACUGUCUGGCCGUGGAAGAGCUCAGCAGAGGAUGUGCUUCGACCGGAGUCAUCGUCAGUGUGAAUAAUUCUCUGUACCUGGGUCCAAUUCUGAAGUUUGGCACAGAAGAACAGAAAAAGCAGUGGAUUACUCCCUUCACCACGGGGGAUAAAGUUGGCUGUUUUGCUCUGAGUGAGCCAGGAAACGGCAGCGAUGCAGGUGCGGCGUCGACACUGGCACAGCAGGAGGGAGACGAGUGGGUCCUGAACGGAACUAAAGCCUGGAUAACCAACUGCUGGGAUGCUUCCGCCACCGUCGUUUUCGCCACAACAGACAAGAGCUUAAAACACAAGGGAAUUAGUGCCUUCCUAGUGCCGAUGCCUCAUCCAGGGUUGUCUUUAGGGAAGAAAGAAGACAAGCUGGGAAUUCGAGCUUCAUCGACUGCAAAUAUCAUUCUGGAAGACUGCCGCAUCCCACUCGGGAACAUGCUGGGAGAGCGCGGAAUGGGCUUUAAGAUUGCAAUGCAAACUCUGGACAGCGGGCGGCUUGGUAUCGCAGCACAGGCUCUUGGUAUCGCUCAGGCGGCGCUGGACUGUGCGGCUGAUUACGCUCAUAAAAGAACAGCUUUCGGCGCUCCCAUUGGGAAACUGCAGGCCAUACAGUUUAAACUGGCAGACAUGGCCUUGGCCACAGAGAGCGCUCGACUGCUCACCUGGAGAGCUGCGAUGCUGAGAGACGCAAAGAAACCUUUCACUAAGGCUAGUCUGUUUUCUAAUUACUAACUAUUGUGAAGGUUAUGGCAAAUGUGCCAAUGGUUUGUUUAAACUUGGGGUUAGUAGGUCAAUGAAUAUGAUGAAAAACGUGUGUGUUUGUUUGUACUCCAGGAAGCUGCUAUGGCUAAACUGGCUGCAUCUGAGGCUGCUACGUUUGUCUCCCACCAGGCCAUCCAGGUGCUGGGCGGGAUGGGUUACGUCACAGACAUGCCUGCUGAGCGACACUACCGUGACGCCCGCAUCACAGAGAUCUAUGAAGGCACCAGCGAGAUCCAGAGAUUAGUCAUCGCUAACAACAUUCUCAAAGAGUAUCAGCAGUAGGAGAGCUGAUGUUCACAUCUGUGCCUGGAUUGGCUGAUCGGGUCAGUCACAGAUCUCAGGACUGUGUUACUGUGACUGGUCACUGAAGAUGUAUUAAUGUUGCUGUAUCACAUAUUGAGUGACUGCCACAAGAGUGCAGUAGAGAGUCUGCAUCAUUUGCCUUUGUAUCAGACUGUAAGGACUAAUCUUCACUGGGAAUUUAAAUGCAUAUCUGAUUGUACCAUAAUAAAUUGUAUUUAUUUGAUAUGCAUUUUGAAAUAAAUAAUGAUCACUUUUUAAUACUA